AUGGGGAAGAAGGGGAGCUGGCUUUCAGCCAUCAAAAGGGUCUUCACACACAGCUCAAAAGACAAACCAACUGUUGGAUCGGAAAAGAAGGGAGGUAAGGAAAAGAAGAAGGACAAAGGAAUUCGAAGGCCGGAAAAAAGCAAAUCGUUGCUUCCUCUGUUCAGAGAGCCGAGCAGCAUCGAGAAGAUUUUAGGGGAAGCCGAUCAACUGCUUAUUAGGCCUAAUAUUACAAAUAUUGUUACUACUACUAAUAAUGAUGAUAGUACUAAUAUUAAUGUUACUAAUAAUGCCAUUACAAGUUCAUCUUCGAGUCCACCGAUCUUACCGGCAAAACCACUCUCUCCUAGAGUUACUUCUCCAAAAGCCACUUUUUCUCCUCCUUUGAAGGCUUUAACAAGUGGGGUCUCAUCUUCUUCUUCGGAGGCAUUUAUUCCUAAGGUGACAACAGAUAAUAGAAAGGAAAUUACGAAUGUGCCCACUUUGACAGACCAAAACCUCUCAGCUACUAAGAUCCAGGCUGUGUUCAGGGGUUACAUGGCGAGAAGAAGCUUCAGAGCUGUAAACGGUUUGGCGAGACUUCAAGAAGUGCUUAAGGGCCAGAAUGUGAAGCGGCAAACGGCAAAUGCCAUGAAACAAUUGCAGCUGUUCGUGAGGGUUCAUACACAAAUUCAAUCACAAAGGAUACGGAUGUUGGAAAACCAACGGCAAGAUUAUAGGAUCCAUAAUAAAGAUCUCGAGAGUACCCUCAGCAAAUGGACCAAUCAACUGUCUGAGAAUGAGGAUUGGGAUGAUAGCCUGUUAACAAAAGAGGAAGUUGAAGCAAGACGACGGAAGAAAGCCGAGGCUGUUAUAAAACGAGAGAGAGCCAUGGCCUAUGCAUACUCUCACCAGCUGUGGAAAGACAGCCCAUCAUCAGCCCACAGCCCUCUCGACCCCCGAACCAACGGGUUCCCUUGGUGGUGGAACUGGCUAGACCGCCAGCUCACGGACUCGAAAAACGUCCUCCAAACCACCACCCCUCCUCCAAGUGGGCCCACCUCCGAACGCGGGCCGAGCCACCGGGCCCACAACAACAACCGGGAAUCCACUACCCCACAGUCUUCGAGGUCGGUGGCCGUGGGCCCCGCCUGGGCCCGCUGCCACCCGACUGGAACUCGUUUCCCGAUGAAGGACAAUGAUGACGAUAGCCUUGUUAGCUGCCCUCUGUUUUCUGUGCCGAGCUACAUGAGCCCGACCGUCUCGGCAAUGGCCAAGGCGAGGAGGUUCACUGGUACGCGGGCCGAUAGCGGGACGGGUCGGAGGUUCUCUUUCCCCCUGACUCCGAACUCGGGCCGGUGGGGGAAAGUGGGGCCCGUGGGGGAUUCAAGUUCCCGGUCGGUUGCGGAGUUCAGCGUGGGUUCGGCUACUUCUAUGCCGGCCAUGGUCGGGAGGAAGCCGUUUAACAGAUUCGUGUGA